UCACAGGAAUCCAACUGCUAACCAGAGCCAAAAGAAGGAUCAAAACUCAAUUUUUGUUGUACACUUUAACGCUAUUUUGAGGAUGGAUAGGAAAAGAAAAUACGACGGGGAGUCAGAUGGACCACCUCUGUCCAAGAAAUCAAAUUUCAAUGAUGGGGAUGACGGUGGAGGAGGGGGUGUGUCUUUUGCCCCCCAGCAGAUGUUCAAAUCCCUGAGCGAUGCAUCCACAGACUCUUCUGAUUCUUCAUCUUCGAUUGGAUCUCCACCGCCUCUCUUCAAACCGAUGGGCCUGGGGGCAUCAGUGGCCCCAUCAAUGGCCCCUUCCAAGCCAGCAGCGCCAUCAUCAUCUUCAGGAUACAGCUCAGCUGCACAGAAAAUGAUGGCUAAAAUGGGUUACAAAGAAGGCGCAGGACUUGGUAAAAAGGGCAAAGGUCGUGUGGACAUCGUUGAAGCAUCCAAACAAAGAGGGCGACGUGGUCUCGGUCUCAAGACGGCUGGAUUUGAACCUAGCACUGAAGUGGUGUGGGCCGGAGAUGAAAAGGUGUCUUCUGAAGAAACCGUUGAAUGGAUGGAGCCAUCACAAGGUAUCCUGACCAGCGCUGAGAUAGAGGAAUGGAAAGUCCUGUGGGAUGCCCAAAAGCAAAAGCUGACAAUUGAUGAUGAGACAGAAUUUUGUGAUGAAACCCUGCUGAAGAUACUCCUUGAACAAAAGUCGACCUUUGACCGCCUUGACGCAGAGGAGAUGAGGCAAGCCAGAACCCGUUCCAACCCCUAUGAGACAAUCCGGGGUGGUAUCUUCCUGAAUCGAGCAGCCAUGAAGAUGGCUAAUAUGGACUUUCUCUGUGAUUAUAUGUUCACAUCACCAAAACACCCAGAUAGGACGCCGGUGGUGAAAGACAAUGAGCUCCUAUAUUUUGCUGAUGUGGCUGCUGGCCCUGGAGGUUUCUCAGAGUACGUGGUGUGGAGAAGAACACAGUCUCAAACCAGGAGGGACUUCCGGGUCAAAGGUUUUGGGUUCACCUUGAAAGGUAGCUGUGAUUUCAAGCUGGAGAACUUCUUCUCAGCAUCUCCAGAAUUCUUUGAACCUCACUAUGGUGUGAAUGGGAGUGAUGGUGAUGGGGAUGCUACAAACAGUGAGAACCAAAGUGAGUUCAGAAGAUUUGUAAUGGAGCACACGGAUGGGAAAGGUGUCCAUUUCGUCAUGGCCGAUGGGGGUUUCUCUGUGGAAGGUCAGGAGAAUAUCCAGGAGAUUCUCAAUAAACAACUGUUGCUAUGUCAGUUCUUGGUUGCCAUGUCAAUAGUCAGAGAAGGUGGUCACUUUGUGUGUAAGACCUUUGACCUCUUCACACCAUUCAGCAUUGGUCUGAUCUACGUCCUUUACCGGUCAUUCGAACAAGUCUCCCUCUUCAAACCCGUCACAAGCAGACCAGCAAAUUCAGAAAGAUAUGUGAUCUGCAGGGGUCGUAGGUCGGGAACUGACCCGACGCAUGACUUCCUCUACGACCUGAAUGUGACCUUGAACAUGCUGAAACCAAGUAAACAGGAUGUGCUUGAGAGUGUUCCUCUCGGUGUGCUGCAAGCAGACGACGCCUUCAUGGACUACGUCAUAGCACAGAAUGAAAGGCAAGCUGAAACUCAAACCCAAGGUCUUGCCAAGAUCCAGGCCUACGUACAGAACUCCGAUCUGAUUGAGAUGGAACAGAAGAGGAUGAGGGAUGAAUGUCUGGCACUCUGGGGGUACAUCCCAGGAAGAUCAAGAGCAGCUCCCAAAGUCCCAGAUACAGCUACUAAGUUCAGUGAACUUUGCCAGGAGGAUCGGGGCGACUGCGGUUACUUCUGCAGGAUUGCCAUGCCGUUGGACAAGGAGAACUUUGCUCAGAAAGUCAAGAGUGUGUAUGACUAUCGCUGUACAGUGUCUGCAGGAGAGCGCUACUUUGUUCUUGGUGUUGGGAGAUCUAAUGUAUUCUUCUGGGAUGGGAAGCACCAACCCCCUAGGUGGAGGAAGCUAGAGAAGUGUAAGCUACGGCUACCAGGAGACACCCUCUUUGAAGCAGAACUUCUCGAGGAACUCAAAGGAGAGGGCUCGGGUCAGAGGAGAAUGUUAACGGCUCAUAUCAUAGACGCUAUGUGGUUAGCAGGUCAGGAUGUGCAUUCAUUACCGUACUCAGAGAGAGUCCAAAGGAUUAGUUUGUUUGUCAAAGCAGUGAAUCGACCUACGAGAUCUGACCUGACGCCUCUGAGGGUCAAAGAGGUCUUCAGAUGUCAGGAUGUCUCAGAGAUAAUGGAUAGACUGGUGAUGCUAGUGGUGAAGGGUGGAGGAAGGCAAAGAAGACUGUGUUACAGGAUGGAUAAUGGUAGACAUUACAUGCCACAGGGAAUCUUCUUCAUCAAGACGUGCAAUGAUCCAUGGACAGUGCAAUGGAGUAGGACUCAGAAGAGGUUGUAUUUCUUCAACAUGAGCAAUCGCAACUCAGUGUUUGAGUAUCCCCCAGAGAGCAUCGCCUCGUUCAAAGCAUGUCGGAUCCAUCGGUUGCUGUGGGCCUGGGAGGAAGGGGUCAAAGUUCACGACCAGCAAGAGAUGAGGCAGGACCCCAGCAAGCUCUCCAAGGAGAUGGUGUUAGAUCACAUCAAGAAGCAGAGAGUCGUGUUAUAGAAGAGGAGACGGAGGGAGGAUUAACAGAAGGAAAGAGGAAGAAAGAAAGACUCGUCAUCUUGUCAAGGGACGCGGGGUGA